AUGUCAUUUAAGUUCCCAUCAUUUGAUUUCAAAUCAAUUCAAGAAUCGUUACCAACGGUCGAUCAAGUCAAAGAGUCUUUCACCAAGACCAGUGAUCAAUUGAGCAAAUCAAUUCAACCAUACACCAGUAAGACCACACAAUUGAUUUCAGAGCAAUUGAAACACUUGGAGCAUUUAGCCAAUAAUACAGCAGACAAUAUCGAUGUUAGUGAAUUGCCACAAGAGUAUUUGCAAUUAGAAUCCAAUUGUGAUUUGUUGUUGAAAUUGUACACAGAUUUGAUUCAAACUACCAAUGAAACUUAUGGUAAAGUCAGUUAUGAUUAUCCGCCUGGUAACUAUGCCAUCAACAAGAUAAAGGACGCCAACGUCAGCGGUUUGAUUGGACAGAAAUUUAACCAAUUGAAAAACGUUUCUUCUCCUCAAGAAUUGGAAAAGGUGUUACUUGGACAAGAUGUUGAUGUUGAAUCAAAAGACGAAUCAGGGGUAGUGAGUAUUCAACCUACUUCACCACAAUUGCCAAAAACUUUGUUUGGUCAUUUAUCUGAAAUAUGUUCUAAGCAUAGCGACGAAUUGAAAUCUUCAGAGCACCCAUUAUCGUUUGCUCUUUUACAAGUUUCUUCAACUUAUCAAGAAAUUGCUGUUGCCAGAUUAGAUCAAGAUAAGAAGAUUAUGUCUGAAUUGAAUGCGGAAUUAAUUAAAACAUUGAAUGAAAGUUUUAUUAAAGUAAAUGAGUUGCGUAAAAAAGUGUAUUCAACUAGAGGCGAGUUUGAUUUAUUAAGAAGCAAAUAUGAAAAACUGGAUCCGGAAAAUGAAGAUUUAAUUGCUAAAGAAGAUGGGUUUGUUAGUGCUACUGAGGUGGCUGUUUUGGAAAUGAAAAAGUUGUUGAAACCUUCUAAAAACAUUGAUUUGUUGAAAGUAUUAGUUGCUGCUCAAAAAGAUUAUUUUGAAGUUGGUGCUAAGAAAUUAAAGGAAUUAUUGGAUAAUUUAAACAAGAUUCCAACUACUGGUGAAGAAGAAGAGGAUGAUUGA